AUGCGUACUGCUACUGGAAGCGCCAGGCGAUGGCGAACGGCUUUUGCAUACGACUUCAAUGCCGGCCGUGCCGACGAUCGCAGAUCCACGAUCUGCAAUGGCACGUGGUCCAGCAACAAUAACAGGUGUCCCGAGCGAGCUGGUACGGGCAAUAUCGCUCAGCACCUACCCAGAUAUAGCGGUGGUGUCUGGCCGGAAGUCAACGUCUUGCCUCCAACACCCGGCCUUCAAAUAUUCACCAUCCAGGGCUAUACGGACGCCAACGGACAGCACUAUAAUUCGAACCUGGCAUAUACCUGCGACGAGUGGCCGGCGGUACCAUGGGUCGAGGGCGGUUCCGGCCUGCCUAGAUAUGGUGGCACACAAGCCUACACCCGCUGUGCUCCCCAGAAGACUUGCGAUGGUUUGAAGUCGGAACAAGACUGGUAA